AUGUACGCAUAUUUACGCGGCAUAAUUAGGCCUGUUACCUUGACACCUGCACUUUGUGCUGAUGACAACCGACACAUUUGGUGCUUGAAGCGCUAUAAGUGGGUUGAUCUCGGUAUCGCAACUUGGUUUUGUUGUCAGGGCGACUUGGUAGAACGUACCUUGUCGGAAGUCCUCGGCCAGCAUCAGAUCGUGAAAUUGGCAGUUUCCGCUAAUCCUGCCUUCUUCAAGUCUCCUGUUCAUUCGGUUUCUUUCAGUCGUGAUACCGAUGGCUUCUCGUAUCCUGCAACCAGUCUUUCUGUCGAUUUUGUGUCCUGUCCGGGCGAUGCUGAUUUUCCUUCCUGUUCCACCAACAUUCUUCUGCUCACAGUUGCCGCAUUAGAUGCUAUAGACUCCCGAGCAAUCCAGUUUGUCAACCUUAUCGUGUUGCGUCGGCAGCAACGGUUGCAAUUUUUGGUUCAGUUCACAGGAAGGCAGGAAUAUUCACUUCUUUUAGUCCUCCCGCUUUCUGAUCUUAUUUUCAUAUAA